GAAAAAGACUUGAAAUCUAUUCGCAACCUCGAGAUGCAAAAUUCGGAUCGUAAAAUUUUUUGUCUUGCAGCGCGUUUGCUGGGCUUAUUGGACGAGGACGAGACUGGUACAGGCACUGGGAAGAUGUUACAGCAUCAGGGUCAGCAGCUGGUCGUCAUGCAGCAAGAAGAUGAAGGUCCUUUAUAUCAUGGCUCCACUAAUACAACAUCUGCGUUGUUGGACCAGGACGGUUCCACUGCCAUAACGUCCUUGGACGGUUCCACUGCCAUAACGUCCUUGGGCGGGUCCACUGCCAUAACGUCCUUGGGCGGGUUCACUACCACCAUGUCCUCUUCUACUAGUCUACUAGUACAAAGUAGAAAAGCUUCUGCGAAGUUGCUGAGGGUGUACUUCCCAGGCACUUGUUUGUGGGAUUUCCCUGAUCUGGGAAACAAGUGCGUAGAGGAUAAUGCUGGAGGGGAAGCUUCAUCGGUCUUUCACAAGGACUGGGUAUUUGCUCACAGAGAACCUCAUAGAGUUGGGAAAAAGCAGGGGAAGAAAAUGACGAAGAAGGGUGGAUCAACGAGUGGGGAACGCAUAUUGCUUGGUACGGGAACCGGUAGUGGUAAGCAGAACAACAUUUUCGAGCUGGUAUCCGUAUCGAGAGAAAUAGCUGCGCGAGUACUGACUACUGAGACUAAGUCGAGGACUCUUGAAACUACCAGUACCAGUAGAGAUGCGUACCCUCGUCGAAACCUUCCCGCUCCACCAAGCUUGAUCUUAGAGAAAGGAGCUUUAAAGACCUUCCCAGCUGCCAAAAAUGAGGACGAAGCGAGUGCGGUGCUGUCAGAGAUUAACAUCCUAGACGAGUUGAGCAGGAAAUAUCCUGUUCAUAUUGUCAACGUGAAGCGGGUUUAUGUGGAAGGAACUCCAGAUGAAAAUACCGUCCUGACCCCUAGAAGAAGUCAUGCCGGCGACAGAAGUGCUACAUUUGGAGCAUAUCUUCCACCGGUGAAAUUAGUGAUGGAAAAGUGUUCCGGUGAUUUGACCACUGCAUUUGCGAAAGUUUAUGGCAACAAGUACAAGACUACUUAAGAAAAAGACUGACUCUAAGUAAGACUCAGACUCGGUUUCGAUUGUAAAUUUAACUAGGAACUAGUACAUUCCGGAUGAAAAACUCAGAUGUUCCACAUGAUAUGCUUCUACUAAGACCUAUAGUGCCUUUUCCGAACAAAGUAAAAAUCGAGGCCCUUGGUCUAAAACUGAUACAAGUAGCAGGAAGCUCUAAUGACCUCAAAAAGAUCUUCAGGGACGACAGAGACAAAACAAACAAAUAUGGGGCACGACGUCCGUGGACGGACCGGUUGCGUCGAUUGAAAGAGAGACGAAUGAACAAGCCAGUCUCUUGUUGAGGAUUCUAGACACAAUCCGCCAAGUACUUCAGUCUGUGCAUGCCGUACACGAGUCUGGCUAUGCGCACUUAGACUUGAAAGCGAAGAACUUGUUACAUUGUCCCUCAGAAAGCGAAACUUCUUCUACAACACUUUUUGCGACAUCUUCGCAGCUGGUGUUGAAAUUAGCAGAUUUUGGUACUGCUAAGAAACUAAGGAGCGACAACGUUCGGAGGAACAGGAAGACGAAGGGCAGUGAUGAAAAUGAAGAGGAUGUUGAUCAUGGUAGUACGAAGACGAUGCCGAAGAUUGUGUUUCACGAAGAAGAUGCCUGGCAGACACCUGGAAUAGUGUCACCAGAUCUUGCGAGUUUGUAUCUGCAACAACACGACGAGGGGCGAUCUCCACAGCAAGUCGCACAGGCUUCUGGUUCUGUCGAUGUAGACACGAAAGAUGCAGAUGUCUUACAAAAGGCAGAUAUUUGGGGUGUAGGGCUUAUUUUGGAAUCUCUGAUCAUGUCUACUCUAGAAGAAGGAGGAGCUGGAGACCCCUCAAAACGUGAAGAGGAAAUUUUUGCUGAAGUCACAGCAGCAGCGAUGGGAGACUUCUUAUUUGAGGAUUAUAGUGCGUCGAUGGUCCUCUCGGAUGUUCCGCUUGCUCCGCUUGAUGGCUUAGGUGGUGUUGAUGUCGAUGUGGUUCCGGCUAGCAUCGGAAUAGCUGCUUCCGACGAUCUGUCCAGACGACGAUCCAUGCUUACAACUGUACGAGACACCUUCUUGGGCACGCAUGGUCACAAAGUCACAGCUGCAAGACGGAAAAGAAUAUUGGAAGGCUUGAAAAAACGAAAUUUUUCUUUGGGCCUGCGUCCACUUUGUGAUUCAGAGACUACACGUGGAUCUCCACCUGGGCGGCCAGUACAGGUUGAAGAUACAACAGACCAGACUACACGACGUCGAAAAAGAGAUUGUUUUAUAGACACAACUAGCCUUGUUCUACUCGCUCCACUUGGUGUUGAUACAGAUGAGACUGCACGAGAAGGAGCUACUUCGAUAGACACAAGAGGAGCAGCAGGAGCAGCACCUUCAAGCAACGGAACAUCAUUUUCACUCCGUCCAGCAACAACAACGACAGAGGACCCUUUCAAGGAAAACAAUGCUGUGGAGAACUUCUACAUCGAGCUUGAGGACGUUCUCGAGAAUAUCAAGGAUAACGAUGAUGCUGUAGACGCGUGGUGUCAGAAACUGGAGGACUUCUUGAGGGUACGCGUAGAAAAAAAGAGGCAUCUUCCAGGAGCCAUAUUCUGUUUAACGGAAAGGAUGCUAUCGCCAGUUACAACAAGGAGAUGGACUGCAGAAAAGUUGUUACACACGUUUUUUCGACGUUUGGAUGACUCAAAGCCAUGAGCCUUGCAAGACUUAGGCCUGUUAUUGCUAAGUCUUUCAGUAAACAAGAUGUUAAGUUAAGUAGUGGAGUCUAACAAGAAAGUGGUGUUUAGUAGAAGUAAAAAGUAGUAGAUAUCAUGACAUAUUCUUCUUUCUGAGUCAUCGUCGUGUUGUAGCCAUUCUGAUGUAGCAAGUAUAGUUUGGACAAGAAGAGUAUUGUUUUUUUUCUCUUCUUUUUGCCUUGCAGGCAUACAAAUAAUAACCACCAAGCUUUGCGCUCUAGUCCGAUUUUGGAAUGUCGCAUAUUUUAGGUUACGAUUUCCUGUCUUACAGGGCUUUUUUUCCUGUCCUAUCAGAGAAAUCCUAUGUGGUCUCUACCCUAAACCUUAAAUGCCUCUGCCCCUCCAGCAGACAGACUCCAUAGGCUGUACAGUCUCAGUCACGACACGCAGUUCUCAACUCUAUUUUAUGUGACUCAACCUGAUCAUUUUUCCCACCUGAUCAUCUGUUUCUCCCGCUGCACGAGCACAGUCGACAGGAGGCCAACACCUCGUCUAGAUUUAGCUGCAUCCACCUUUUUCAACCGAGAACUUCACGCCGUUUCUUCAUCUGGUGUGGUCUAUAAUUUCUGGUUUCAUGAUCCCUCUCUACCCUCUAGUGGUCUCGAAUGACUAUUUCUACCAGAUGAAGCUCGUUGACUAAAGCACGCGGAUCAGUAGAUUAGAUUCAUCGAC